UGGGCUGGGACAAACUUGGUUUUCAGAUCAGCUGCUCUUCAACGUUUGGGCAACCAUGGCGACUUUCUUCCCCCAGAGAGCUGCCUCUUUGCAAUCUCUGCACCACAACGUUUCGGCUCUGAGCCAGCCACUGCAACAAACAGCAGGUUCGUCAACCACAACAGCUGCUUCCCUUUCCUUCCAAACCUGCCACGCCUGCAAGCGAAGCUUUCUGACACCACAAUUUCUUAGUGUGUUUUCAUUAGAUUCUCGGAGAAACAGGACGAAAUUUGGGGUGCCAAAGUUAGCAGGUCAUGGGGCUAGGCGAAAGGAACAUAAUCAAUUGGGAUUGGCUGUUCGUGCACUUCAAAACGAAGGAGAAGCGUUGGAGAAAGUGCGGAGCCAGCUUGAGGAGCAACUCAGCAAAAGCAGUCCGACAGUGGGAGCAGAAGCAGGAAAAGCAGGGUUUGACAAGUGGCCACAGCUGCUCCUCAUUCUGUUUGCAAUCGGCACCGUUUCGGGCCCUCUGCUAGAUGGUAUCCACAGCGUCACGGGGCUCCAGGUCUAUGACGAUGGGGCCAUUGAGUUGGGGAGCGGGAAGUAUCUGCUGAAAACAGACAUCUGGGUUUUUCCCUUGCUCGGAGUUUUCUACGCAGUUGUCGGCGGACUAUACCCCCUCCUAGACGACAUAUUCACACCAAAGGCCCUGGAGAAAACUGAUGCGCCAGACGAAGAGCCUGAUGUGUCGGGAUACGGUGCAGACUGGGGUUUGAAGGGGGAUCCGAAAGCCAAGGAGCUGCCGCCCUGGCUAGAAGUGGCCCCCCCUUUUCAAUUCAUGUUCCUCGCCUUCCUCCUCUCAGGCAGCGCCUUCCUGUACCGCACUGACAUCAGCUAUGACGUCAUCUGGCUGGUCUUGGCGGGUUCCUGCGUCGGCUGCUGGGCCGCCCUGGAUUCCACGUGGUGGGGCUUCCUGCUCGCGGCCGCGUGCGCGGUCGUGGCGCCUGGAGCGGAGCUGGUUCUGAACAAUUUCUUCCAUUUGUGGCACUACCCCCGAGCCGACGUCUUCAUCGCAGGCCAGGGGGUGGUGUCCUGGGUUGCUCUGUGCUACUUCUUCUAUUGCCCUCCGCUAGGCAACCUUGGAAGGUUCUUGAAAGCACACCUUCAAGGUCAGCUUCCUUUGAAAAGAUAGGUCGAAAAGAUACUUAGCAUACCGCUACUCAUUAAGAACCAUUCACAGUAUUGACUUCUUUGCCGCUUUGCAAUCACGUCCUGUGAAAACCUGGAGACGGCCGCUGAAACAGGAUUAGUGGGCACCAACGUUAUGAUUAUUUGGCUGCCGGCAUCGGCAUGAGGAAUCGAAAUUUGUCACCAACGUUGUGCAAACCGCAAGGUUCUUUCAAUGGCACUUUGUUGCGACUGCGCG